CACAGGACGUGACGCCUCGUUAGUUAAUUCCAUGGGCGGAAAUUUUUGGCGCUAGUUGAGAAUCAGUGCCUUUUGUAAGGCCUUUUCCGAUGCAGACUCGGACUUCGCUAUUUUUGCGCCAAGGAAGAGGCGGGACGAUCGGCAUGACAACAAAUGGAAAUGUGCUUCAGUGCCCCUAUUCAUUGUUCUUCACUGCUCUCAAGACAUCUUCGGUAUGGCUUCUUCCUCAAGCCUUACGGUCCUCCUUCGCCUUCAUUCCGACCCAACUGUUCUCAUACAAGGACUCAUCGACGACUACAAACGCCGGCACCGUGACCGUGCCUCCACCAUCGCAAAUAUUGCGAGAAUCUCUGCAGCUGCUUGUCGAGAACAAGGGGUUGAAGACUCAGACGGGUUACUCAUCGUACCCUAUAUUGAAGAAAUCCUUGCUCUGGACGAUGAAAAGGAGAGGAAAGGAGCCAGGCGCCCUUUUCCGUUUUCCCAGAAUUCCGAUGAAAGCACUAUAACUCCCCUCCACCGCCAAGUUCGCGACUACAUUGACAUCUACACCAGCGACCUCAAUGAGGCGCUUCGCAGCCUUAGCCUCUCCUUUGGCGCUCCCACAUUCCCCUAUGAUCAGUGGAAGAACGUUCUCCGGGACGUCUAUGUCGACUUUGACCGUAUCUAUGGGUACCACCUGGAUCUUGAGCGCCAGGUGUGCAAUGCCGGAGACUGGAUGUGGGCCUUUGACACAUACAAGGAUGCUGUCGUUUUCGCAUUUCCUGGACGGGAGGCGGAGCUCCAGGCGUAUUACAAGCAUAUUGAGACACUGUUCUUCUAUCGCCAGAGGUCUUUUCAUGGACACAUCAUUUCGUAUGAUCGGGCGGUGCGCAAGUUCGUUGGGGGACGAAGGGACAUUCUCUUCAAUGAGAUAGCAAAAUUUGAAGGCUUAAAGGAUGCUUAUCUGAGUGAGUCUGGUGUAGCGUUUGACCUUUCAGAUUCAGGCCCAGGUCGGAGUAGGAAGCGUAUGCGAAAGGAGUUGUAGCCCUCUAAUACAAGAAGAUUUCAGUGACUCUUUCUUUGUCGAAACGUUCACGACCGCAGUAUUCAUCAAGGGGAUGAGACGGACUGUACGUAUCUUCUUUAGAAAUCUGGUGCCUCGACUUCCAAGCCUGGGGAACUCUUUCUAGUUCAGAAGUGUUUGUAUAUGC